CAAAAGAAUAAAAUGAAACCGAAGGAAACAAAAAAAAGGUAGAAAAGAAAAAUCAAACAAACAAAAAUAAUUCAUCCUUCUCGACUUGUUAAAAGUUUAUAAUCUUAAGACUAAGAGGUCUGCAAAAUUUCGGUUUCCGCAGAGAGAGGGAGAGAGAGAGAGAGAGGGGGGGGGGGGAGGGAGAGCAUUAACGUUUUUCCCCGUUAAUGGCGGUUACUUGGUUUCGCUGCGGCCACUGAAAACGGAAAAUUAACUCGUGUCUAAAAAUCCCUGAACUGGAGGUGAAAUUAUAGUCUUUCACUGGACAAAUUAAAGCAUUCAAAAUUCAGCGACCAAGUUCAGGGGGUGAUUUGCCCCAAACUGGGGAGUACUCUUUUCCUGUUGCCCGGAGGGUGAACUCUGCCAGUGCCAUGAUGAUGGGAGAUGACGUUGAGAAUGGUAAUUUGGGGCCUUACCUAGAUAGGCCAAGGACAUUUCCGAACAUGCGUAGUAAACCAUAUACCCCCUUGAUUUUUCGAAUUCUCAGGGGAAUUAAUGUUCGUGUUCUUGUUAUACUUCUCUUUUUGGGCUUCGGAUAUGUCUUUUACAUUGGAGCAAGUACUUCUCCAAUCAUUGUUUUUGUCUUCUCAGUUUGCAUUGUCAGCUUCCUUUUGUCAAUUUAUCUUACAAAGUGGGUCCUUUCCAAGGAUGAAGGGCCUCCAGAGAUGGCUCAGAUAUCUGAGGCUAUACGUGAUGGAGCAGAAGGAUUCUUCAAGACACAGUAUGGUACUAUCUCCAAGAUGGCAGUGUUGCUAGCACUAGUGAUCCUUAGCAUAUAUUUGUUUCGAAAUACAACUCCUCAACAAGAAUCCUCAGGCUUAGGAAGGGCAACAUCUGCAUGUAUCACUGUUGCUGCAUUUCUAUUGGGGGCUCUAUGUUCAGGUGUCGCUGGGUAUGUUGGGAUGUGGGUAUCAGUUCGUGCAAAUGUUCGAGUCUCUAGUGCUGCAAGACGGUCAGCUAGGGAAGCAUUGCAGAUAGCUGUCCGUGCUGGUGGUUUUUCUGCCUUGGUGGUUGUUGGUAUGGCUGUGAUUGGUAUAGCCAUCCUUUAUGCAACAUUUUAUGUUUGGCUAGGAGUGGAUUCACCUGGUUCAAUGAAGGUUACAGAUUUGCCUCUUCUUCUUGUGGGAUAUGGUUUUGGGGCUUCAUUUGUUGCCCUGUUUGCUCAGUUGGGUGGUGGAAUAUAUACAAAAGCAGCUGACGUUGGGGCAGAUCUUGUGGGAAAAGUGGAACAAGGAAUACCUGAAGAUGAUCCUAGAAACCCGGCUGUAAUUGCAGAUUUGGUUGGAGACAAUGUUGGUGAUUGUGCUGCUCGAGGUGCAGAUCUUUUUGAAAGCAUUGCAGCAGAGAUAAUUAGUGCCAUGAUACUUGGUGGAACAAUGGCUCAGCAUUGUAAAAUUGAAGACCCGUCUGGCUUCAUCCUGUUUCCUCUUGUUGUGCACUCAUUUGACCUGGUGGUAUCAUCAAUUGGAAUACUUUCAAUUAGGGGUACACGUGACUCCAAUGUGAAAGUUCCAUUAGAGGAUCCAAUGACAAUCCUUCAGAAAGGAUAUUCUGUUACAAUAAUUUUGGCUGUUCUGACAUUUUUUGGGUCUACUCGGUGGUUGCUUUAUACUGAACAAGCACCUUCUGCAUGGUUAAACUUUUCCUUAUGUGGGUUAGUUGGUAUUAUUACAGCGUAUGUUUUUGUCUGGAUAACCAAAUAUUACACUGACUACAAGCAUGAGCCUGUACGCACAUUAGCGCUUUCUAGCUCUACAGGACAUGGGACUAACAUUAUUGCUGGAGUCAGCUUGGGCCUGGAAUCGACAGCAAUUCCUGUUCUUGUGAUAAGUGUAUCUAUUAUUUCUGCUUUUUGGCUGGGUCACACCUCAGGGCUUGUGGACGAAACAGGAAGUCCAACUGGUGGGCUGUUUGGCACGGCUGUAGCUACAAUGGGAAUGCUCAGCACUGCUGCCUAUAUUCUAACCAUGGAUAUGUUUGGUCCGAUAGCUGAUAAUGCUGGUGGAAUUGUAGAGAUGAGUCAGCAGCCAGAGAGUGUGCGAGAGAUUACUGAUGUUCUUGAUGCUGUCGGGAACACCACAAAAGCUACCACCAAGGGUUUUGCCAUUGGAUCUGCAGCACUUGCUUCUUUUCUUCUGUUUAGUGCAUAUAUGGAUGAGGUUUCAUCUUUUGCACGUGAACCUUUUAAACAGGUUGAUAUUGCCAUUCCUGAGGUUUUUAUUGGUGGAUUGUUGGGUUCCAUGCUUAUAUUCCUAUUUAGUGCAUGGGCCUGUGCUGCUGUUGGCCGAACUGCUCAGGAGGUUGUUAAGGAAGUGAGAAGACAAUUUAUUGAGAGGCCGGGUAUCAUGGACUACAAGGAGAAACCAGAUUAUGGUCGCUGUGUUGCUAUUGUGGCUUCUGCAUCUCUGAGGGAAAUGAUAAAACCUGGUGCUUUGGCUAUAGUAUCACCAAUUGUAGUUGGUUUUCUAUUUCGAGUUUUGGGACACUAUACUGGGCAUCCUCUCCUUGGAGCAAAAGUAGUAGCUGCUUUGUUGAUGUUUGCAACAGUUUCUGGUAUUUUAAUGGCUCUGUUUCUAAACACAGCUGGUGGUGCCUGGGAUAAUGCAAAGAAGUUUAUUGAGACUGGAGCCCUUGGUGGCAAAGGCAGCGAAUCUCAUAAAGCAGCAGUUACUGGAGAUACAGUGGGAGAUCCAUUCAAAGACACAGCUGGACCAUCACUUCAUGUGCUCAUAAAAAUGCUUGCUACCAUAACACUUGUAAUGGCGCCAGUGUUUCUCUGAGACUUUCGUUUGUUUAUAUAUAUAUAUUUGAUGGAGAGUUGAGUAGCAGGCUGCAUACCAACAUACAGGCACCCAUCACCGAGUUAUUGUUUGGGUAUUACUAUUUUGCACAUACACAACAGAUUGAUUGAUAGAUAGGUAGAUAGGUAUUUGAUGUCUAUCAUGGCCGUGGCUGCCUGUCUCAAUUGAUAGCCUCACUAAAUCAUUUUCUAUCUGAAACAAUAAGAGGUGUUUAUAGAGUGCAGUGCAGUGCACAUUUAGUAUUUUCAGUUAAACGUUUGUACUUUGAUAUUCCAUUUUCAAGUUUUUAAUGCAUUUCUUAACUUUUACCCUCAAA